AACCAAACAGCAGGAUUAGGUCUCAUUUCUUCAUCUUCAUCUUCACUUACAAAAGAAAACAGAACAAAAACCCAGUACUUCUUCUUCGUCUCUUCUUCACUGGCAAAAAGCUAAAAAUCAUCCGCAGACAGGAUUAACGAUCUUCCAUUUGACCUCUACCUAUCGACAGGUUGAAACCAAUAAUGGCUUCUAAAUUCGGAUUGGCCGGCGGGAUACCGGAGCGGCGGGUCCGACCAAUUUGGGACGCCAUUGAUUCUCGUCAGUUCAAGAGUGCUCUCAAGCAUGCCACUACGCUCCUCGCGAAACACCCUAAUUCACCAUAUGCUCUUGCACUAAAAGCUCUUAUUUUGGAAAGGAUGGGAAAAAAUGAUGAGGCACUGUCUAUUUGCUUAGAUGCCAAAGAGCUCUUACACAAGAAUGACUCUAUGUUAAUGGAUGAUCUCACCCUGAGUACAUUGCAGAUUGUUUUCCAAAGGCUCGAUCACUUGGAAUUGGCUACUAGCUGUUACGAGCAUGCUUGUGGGAAAUUCCCAAACAAUCUAGAGUUACUCAUGGGGCUUUUCAACUGUUAUGUACGUGAAUAUUCAUUUGUGAAACAACAACAGACAGCCAUUAAAAUGUACAAGCUUGUUGGUGAAGAAAGGUUUUUGCUAUGGGCAGUUUGUAGCAUCCAGUUACAGGUGCUUUGUGGCAAUGGUGGAGAGAAGCUGUUACUCUUGGCUGAAGGUUUGCUUAAGAAGCACAUUGCCUCCCAUAGCUUGCAUGAACCUGAAGCGAUUUUUGUCUACAUUUCUAUUCUGGAGCAGCAAUCAAAGUAUGGUGAUGCAUUGGAAAUUCUGUCUGGAAAAUUAGGAUCACUUUUGAUGAUUGAAGUUGAUAAACUACGAAUACAGGGGAGACUUCUUGCUAGAGCAAGUGAUUAUGCCACUGCUGCUCUUGUAUACCAAAAAAUCUUAGAAUUAAGCCCUGAUGAUUGGGAGUGCUUCCUACAUUAUCUUGGCUGUUUGCUUGAGGAUGAUAGUAGCUGGUGCAAUAGUACUGUCAAUGAUCCAAUUCAUCCACCGAAAUUUGUGGAAUGCAAGUUUUCACAGCUUGGUGAUGAAACGUUUGUUUCUCGUAUAUCAAAUGCAUCAGCUUUUGUACAGAAACUACAAGCAGACAACAAUAGUAAAUCUAUAAGGGGUCCAUACUUGGCGAAUCUUGAAAUUGAAAGGAGGAAGUGCUUGUAUGGAAAGAAGAAUGAGGAUGAAUUAAUAGAAGCUCUGAUGCAAUAUUUUUUAAAGUUUGGUCACCUGGCAUGCUUCACUAGUGAUGUGGAGAUGUUUCUUGAUGUCUUAUCUUUGGAUAAGAAGAUGGAGUUUUUGGAUAAGAUAAAAAUCUCAGACUCCAUCUUGAUGGUACCAACUAAAGUUCUUGGGCAGUCGAUAACAAUUUUUAAAAUUCAAGAAUUGAUUGGAGUCAUGUACAAGCUACCAGUGGAUGGGUAUGGUAAAAGGAGCUUAGAAAUCAUUUCUAUGAAGGGCCAUAGGUUAUUCUGGCGUACAAGAAACCUUGGCUAUUUUCUCGAGGCAAUCAUGGUUUUGGAGUUUGGCUUGACUAUCAGAAGAUGUAUAUGGCGGUACAAGAUCUUAUUGUUGCACUUGUAUUCGCAUAUUGGUGCCCUUUCAUUGGCAUAUGAAUGGUAUAAAGCACUGGAUGUGAAGAAUAUCUUGAUGGAGACGGUUUCUCACCACAUUCUACCACAGAUGUUGGUUUCCCCACUAUGGGCGGAUCUGAGCAAUCUGCUAAAAGAUUAUCUGAAGUUUAUGGAUGAUCAUUUUAGAGAAUCCGCAGACCUUACAUUUCUUGCUUAUCGUCAUAGGAAUUACUCAAAAGUAAUUGAAUUUGUUCAAUUCAAAGAGCGAUUGCAGCACUCUAAUCAGUAUUUGGUGGCAAGAGUUGAAACACCCAUUCUACAGCUAAAGCAGAAUACAGAAAACAUUGAAGAAGAAGAGCGUGUUCUUGAAAACUUGAAAUGCGGAAUCCAUUUUGUUGAGCUCUCAAAUGAAAUUGGAUCCAAAUCGCUGACUUUCAAUGAAGAUUUACAGUUGCUACCUUGGUGGAAACCAACUCCAGAGAAAAAUUCUCUGUUGGGUCCAUUUGAGGGACUCUCCUAUUAUCCGAAAGAAGACUUGACAAGGGAAAGAGAAUCAAAUGUUAGAAGAACCAUUGGAAGGAGAUCCCUCAUUCCCCGAAUGAUAUAUCUGUCGAUUCAGUGUGCAUCAGCAUCAUUCAAAGAAACUCUUGAAGUAAAUGGUUCUAUUCUUGAUCCUAAAAUCUCCACAGAGUUGAAACUUUUACUAGAGCACUAUGCAGAAAUGUUGGGAUUUUCUUUUAGUAAUGCUAUAGAACUGGUUGUGGAGGCUUCUUGUGGCAAAAAACCAUCUGAGGCUUGCAGUUCCGAUGUGAUUGACUGGAUAAACUUUGCUGUGUUUUUAAAUGCGUGGAACUUGAACUCCCAUGAGCUCAUGCAACAAGAUGGAGAGAAAAAGGGCCAUGGUACUUGGCAUGUUGUAAAUUCACUUCUUGAGAAGUCUAUUUUGGAUAAAGUCGGAUCAAUGGAAUCUCCAACCAGCUCUCCUCAGGGUGAGCUUCCUAUCUUGGUGCAACUGGUUACUGAACCAUUGGCUUGGCACAUUCUUGUAAUCCAGGCAUGUAUCCGGGCAUCUCUUCCCUCUGGCAAGAGGAAGAAAAAAAGUGGACAUACAGAGCAAUCUUUCACCCCAAUGUCCCUUGUAAUUCGGGAUUCUUUGCAGUCUCUAUGUGGCAUAACAGAGGAGGUUGCAAAAUGGUUAGGAAAUCAGGUCAACGUGCCUGAGGAUGACAGUGCGGAAGCUAUUCUCUCCUCCUUUCAGCGAGAAGGACAGGAGGGAGGACGUGGGCAGGUUUUCCAGGUUCUGCAGAUUUUGGUCGCAUCAAUAGAUGAAGCAGAACUUGGUAAUCAAAUUUCCCAAGCAUUGAGAUCCUGGAGCCCAGCUGAUGUUGCUAGAAAAAUAGUGACCAGUCAACAUAGUGUCCUGUCUGAAUUUCUUAAAACUUGCGAAUCCAAGAUAAAGUCUCUCAAGGCGUUGAAACAACAGAUAGCUCAUGUCUGAAAGGAGAGAUGGGUAGGUGGACUAAUCUGUUGUAAAGCUCCAGGGAAGAGUUUGUUUUGUUCCUUACGGCUUUCCUGUUUAGUCACCUUUAUCUGGGGAUUUUCAUACCAGAUGUAAGUGUGAGCUAUGCCUUUUCAUGUUGAUUGCCAUAUAUUGAGCAAUUUUGGCAUCGUUUUCUACAACUUUUUUUUUUUUUUUUUUGUGUUUAGUGUACACUACCAUUCUUUGAGGUUCAUGUUUCAAAUUCUUUCUGGCGUGUAAAACUGUAUCUUUGGUCAUAGAAUUUGAGAAUGUAUAAUCACUCUUAUGGUUAGUUUACAGUGUAAAUUGGUUAGCAUAGUCAUACUCUCUGGUGUCUCAAGAUACCAUAACAUUUAGGUAUAUGGUAAUUGUAAGACUUGGUGAAUUUGGGAAGAGAAGGCUCAGACUGUUUCUUCAUUUGUAGCAA